AGAGGAGGAGAGCCAGGAGGAGGAGGGAGGCCGAGGAUGAAGAUGCUGUCAUGCCGUCAAAACGAGGGAAUGGCAGCUACGUGAAAACAACAAUAUUUUUACGCGUCUUUAGUGUUUUUCUCCAUUAAAAGCAUGACAUCCCAAUGCACAGAGCAAGCCGUGCGGGAAUACCUAAAGGACCGAGGAGGGAGGGUCCAACUGAUGGAGCUGAUCGACCAUUUCCUAUCAGAUUGUGCGGAGAAUGAGCCACAAGAAGAGAGGCGAGAAACGGUCAGGAGCAUCGUGGACAUUGUGGGGUCCGUGAAAGUGGAAGAUGGGGAGAAAUUUGUAUGUUUAAACAGCGUAAACAGCGACGAAGAGGUGAUGAUGCGUUCAGGCUCGGGUGUGCACGGCCAGCCUCAUUCAGAAUGCAAUGGGAAUAUUCACUUUGUCAAUGGCAACCCUGACACCGAACAGCAAACAGACUCAUCAAGUCCGCCUGCAGAUGCCCUUGACAACGACACAGAAUCCAAUGGCAACAAGCAAUCUGCUCCUCUGUCCCAGGCCCAAAACCACAGACAUGGCACACCUACCUCUGGGGGCGGGGCUGGGGAGGUGAGGCUAAGGGACAGGAGGAGGCGGGAGUCGGCCCCUGUCAUCGGGACAUCCGACCUGGAGCAGGUGCAUGCGGCAGGUGCCCACAGUCAGCAGCUGAGAGCCCUGCGCAGAGUGUCGAAAGGCUCCCAGCGCGCCAUUCUCACCAGCUGUUUAUCUGAGGACAGCACUCUGGAGGGCUUGGAGACCAUUGGGGACAUACACACUCCUAAAGGGAGCCGCAGAAAUUUCAUAGAGCUUAUGAUGAACAGCUCUCCCCAGGUGCGCAGGUCUCUUAUCAACCGUGGCUCUCGUCUGCGUGACUCAAUGCGGAGCGAUGGUGACUCCACGUCUAUCCUCUCCUCAAACACAGAUGAAGACUGCACCUCGGUGACCCUUGACCCCCUAGAGCACGAGUGGAUGCUGUGUGCGUCUGAUGGUCUAUGGGAGAGCCUACAGCCACUGCUAGCUGUGGAGCCCAGUUUAGUGGCCAAGAAGGACUUUGUGACUGGCUUCACCUGUCUCCACUGGGCCGCUAAACAGGGCAAGGAUGCUCUAAUAUCGCACCUGCUAACCUUUGCUAAAGAUAACGGUGUUUCGGUGAAUGUGAAUGUGAGAUCGAGCGCUGGAUACACUCCUCUGCACCUGGCGGCCAUGCAUGGACACAUACAGGCUGUCCGUGUGUUGCUUUCGGACUGGGAGGCAGAUCCUGAAGCGCGGGACUACAGCGGGAGACGGGCCAUCCAGUACCUUCCUCCUCCACUGGUCGCAGGUCUGCACGAGGAGGGUGUGGUCACUUCACCUGGCACUGAGUCUGAUAGUGAAAACACCAACAGUGGCACCACUUGGGGGCGCUGGCGAUUUCCCAGAGUGCUCCAGGGCAACCUCAACCCACUGCGCCUCCUGAGCCCAACAGCAGAGGCAGCAGAGGACGGGACAGGGAAGAGUAAAGGAGGCAUACAGAGAAAGUCAUCUCUGAGUCGAUUAAAUGCUCGUCUGCACAGGGGGCGACAUAGAGCACAGAUUAUACACAGUGCCUCCUUCAGGGACUCUGGAGAUGUGGUAAAAGGGGAAGAUCUGCCAAAAAGUCCACUACGAACUCGGCCACUGUCGAAUCUGUUUGGGUAAAAUGACACAACUUUAUCUGCAAUUUAACUCUCAAUAAGCUAACAUUCCUUUCAUCAAAACAGUGAAAUCUGCACUGCACUGAGGUUGUAGUAAAAAUGGUAGAAAAUGCUGGCAGAAAUAACCAGGUAGUUUUUAUGUUGCAAUCAGACUGCCAAGGAAAUGUUUUGACCAAGGUCCUAUAAAUGUAACAUUCCAUCUAACAUUCCGUUUUGUUAAAGUUACCAUACAAUGUUCCUGAUGCAGUUUUAAAUAUUUAAAUAUGUUUCAUCAGUACUUCAAAAAAGCACAAGUUUAUUAUCAAAUGACUAUCUGUUUAUUAAUAAUAUUUAUAAUUUAAAGUCACUUAUUUUAUUUAUUAGAACUAAAUUUCUAAUCUUAUUGUUUAUACUUAUAGUUGUUGCACUAACCUAUAAUUUGCUUUAGUUUACAAUUCGAUAAAACAAUAGUGUUUUGAAAAUAUUUGUUUGUGUUCUUGUUUCUGUCUACUGAUAUAUUUUAACCAUUUUUGUUUUGAAUACUGUUGGAUGGUGCUAGAAUUAUUAUUUCAGUUCCAUUCAUAUUUUUUUUAAAUAUGUAGCAGAUUUUAUUACUACACACAAAUGGACUAUAUAAUUACUGUCAUUUGUACAUUUGCACUGUGUCACUUUGAGAAUAGGAGGGUAGUCAUAACUGUCAUACUGGCCUAUUAGGUCAUUUUGGACCUAUAAUUUAAAAUCCAACCAUUGUGAUUCCUUUAUUCAUUUGUAAAAAUCACUCUCAUAUUGUAUAGGAAAAAAAUACCACAUUGUACCUCUCGAAACCUAAUUUAGUUUUUUCCCCUGGCUGCAUCAUUAAAAAGGGCCUGUACCUGACUUUUAUUACAUUUAGUCCAGCAAAACACAUUUUACUCCAUAAAAAAGCAGCUAUUUGUACACAGUUUUGUCUUUACAGGAGAAUCACAGGGAAACAGCCACCAGGGCUAGACAAUUGUGUCCAAUCAGAGACAUUGUUAGAUGAGAACUGUUUGGAAACAACUAUCUGUUACUGUUGUGUCUGUGAGAGAGGGGACUAAGAGGGCGGGAUUAACUACAUUCUGAGAUAUUAUGUUCCUCACUUAUGGUUCAAAAUCAGAUACAGUCCCUUUAAUAAGAAAAAUGCUAUCAUUUCCUUACAUUGUAGUACUUGACAGCAAGAUCCAUGUGGUAAAUAAGCUACCUUAAAUACUUCCAAAAAUCUUUUCCAUUGUACUUUGUAUCCAAAAUGCUUACCCGCCCUUGUGUCUUGCCUCUGCAUGUAAACAAUCAUUGGCUCAUACAUUUUAUUUGAUUUUGACUAUUCCCUAAAUAUGUGAAAACCUCCUACUGACAUCCUAACGAACCUGAAAUGUGAAUGAAUGUACCUCUUGUAGUUGGUAGCACAAAUUGUAGGGCUACUUUGGUGUAAAUCUGUACAGAGCAUUAUCACUUUGUAAAGUGCAUGAAUAGGGAACCUCUUACAUCUGUUCCACUUGUUAAAAUCAUGUUUGUGUUUAGGUGUUGUGUGAAACCUGAGCCAUGUAUUUUAACUGUCAGCCCUGAAUGUGAAUAAAGCAAUAGUUGUUUAUU